AUGGCUAAAGCCGAGUCCGAUCUCAAAUCCAUCCUCGAUGGCGGCUUCGAUCCUCACAAGUUCGCCUGGUACGAGCCGGAAUUGAUCGAAGUCCCUGAACCAGCAAAGUCUCUGCUAGAAAAGUACAGCAAAAUUCCGUCCGAACAAGUGGUGGACCAUGUGAAGAAAGUAGUGAGUCAUUUCCCAUUCUAUGGGGGUAUAGCCCAUGCUAACCAAGAUGGGAUGAUCCAGAGAGAUCGAGCAUUUGCUGUAUUCCCGUACCCUUGUAUUGGGUCAUUCCGGUUCCUGGAUUUGAGUAUCCCACAGUCACCGCUCUACCCUGAAAUCCUGGAUAGACUCAAGUCCGGCCAGAAGCUGCUUGAUGUCGGAUGUGCAGUCGGGCAAGAGCUGCGUCAACUAGUCUUCGACGGCGUCCCCUCUGAAAAUCUCUAUGCUUCAGACUUACGCCAAGACUUCUACGACAUUGGAUACGAUCUCUUCAACGAUCAUGAUCACCUCGAAGCCCAGUUUAUUGUAGCGGACAUAUUCGACGACAACUCCGAUCUAGUCAAGAACCUCACGCACAAGAUUGAUAUUGUGAACGCUGCUUCCUUCUUUCAUCUUUUCAACUGGAACCAGCAGCUCCUAGUUGCGAAGCGGCUUGUCGGGUUACUCCAGGAUAAAACCGGCUCCCUUUUAAUCGGGCGACAGAUUGGUCUAGUGAACCCCCCGCCUCCAGAAGAUAAGGAGGCCGCUGGGAAGCAUUAUCGUCAUGACCCUGCGACGUGGAAGAAAUUCUGGGAGCAGGUUGGUUGUGAAACGGGGACAAAAUGGGAGGUUGAGACUCGGAUGGAGAAGUGGGCUGGGGCGGAUAAGAUGAUGAAAGACUACCAUGAGGGGAUGGACACUUUCAAGCUGAGAUUUAGUGUUCGGAGGCUAUAG